GUUCGCGAGAAAGAAGCUGGGAGCCCUAAGGAGUUGCUCUUUGCACGUAAACAUUUGUGGACCUGCGAGAAGGACAAUAGCUUUGGCUGCCUGAGGUGGAGGACCCUGACCGGGGCCAACCGUGUCAGGCGUGCGGGGAGCAGUGCCCAGGCUUCCUAGUGCAUGGAUGGAGGAAGAUCUGCCAACACUGCAAGUGUCCCCGGGAGGAGCAUGCGGUGCGCAUGGUGCCUGUCGACUUGGAAAGGAUGAUGUGCCGCCUCAUCUCCGACUUCCAGCGCCACUCCAUCUCGGAUGAUGACUCGGGCUGCGCCUCGGAGGAGUAUGCUUGGGUGCCCCCAGGACUCAAACCUGAGCAGGUCUAUCAGUUCUUCAGCUGCCUCCCAGAAGACAAAGUCCCCUACGUCAAUAGCCCUGGAGAGCGGUACCGCAUACGCCAGCUUCUGCACCAGCUUCCCCCACACGACAGUGAGGCUCAAUACUGCAGCUCCCUGGAAGAGGAAGAGGCAAAAGAGCUGAAGUUAUUCUCACAGCAGCGGAAGAGGGAGAACCUCGGCCGUGGGACCGUCCGGCUCUUCCCGGUCACCAUCACUGGAGCCAUUUGUGAGCAGUGCGGAAAGCAGAUAUGCGGCGGGGACAUUGCCGUCUUUGCCAGCCGAGCUGGGCACGGAGCCUGCUGGCACCCGCAGUGCUUCGUCUGCACCACGUGCCGGGAGCUCCUCGUCGACCUCAUCUACUUCUACCAGGACGGCAAGAUCUACUGUGGGCGGCAUCACGCCGAGCGGCUCAAGCCCCGCUGCGAGGCCUGCGAUGAGAUUAUCUUUGCGGAUGAGUGCACAGAGGCCGAGGGCCGCCACUGGCACAUGCGCCAUUUCUGCUGCUUUGAGUGCGAGGAGGCGCUGGGUGGGCAACGGUACAUCAUGCGCCAGAGCCGCCCCUACUGUUGCCGCUGCUAUGAGAGUCUCUACGCGGAGUAUUGCGAUGCCUGCGGGGAGCACAUUGGCAUUGACCAGGGCCAGAUGACCUACGAGGGCCAGCACUGGCACGCCACCGACGCCUGUUUCAGCUGCUCCCGCUGCCACCAGCCCCUGCUGGGGAAGCCUUUCCUGCCCAAGCAGGGCCAGAUCUUCUGCUCCCGGGCCUGCAGCCUGGGUGAAGACCCGAACGGCUCAGACUCCUGCGACUCGGCCUUCCAGAGUGCCCGUUCCCAGGACUCUCGGCGAGCCAGCUGGCAGCAGCGCCGGGUUCAGGCCCAGCGCUCAGCCACCUCCCACGUCGCCCGUUCCGUGUCCUUUGGCGGGCAGCCGGUGCCGCCCGGCUCAGCCCCACGGAUCCGAAGGAGCUGGAGUGGACUGCCUGGAGCUGGGGAGGAGAUGCCCACGGAAACAGAGGAGCUCUCGGAUCCAGAUAGCAACGGCUCAGGCUGUAGCCAGAGUUGCGAGGAGCCGGUGAAAUGUACCUCCCGGGGGACUUCCACUUGCCCACCACCAGCCACUGACCAGGAGCCAGGAACAGGAACAGAGAUCCGGCCGCGUUUCCAACGUGCCUCCCCCCUGCGCCAUUCCAUGCCAGAGUUGGGUCUGCCUCCCUCCAAAACCCCCGACUGGAGCAGCAGUUCUGCUUCUAAGCUUCAAGCAUCUGCCCGGCCACGACUCAGCGAGGGAACUGAGCUGGGGCCCGGGAGUUUUGCUCGGGGAGGGUUACCCCGGGUGAGCUUCCGGGAACCUCUAGUCUCGGGAGAGCCAAGCUCUCUUUGUCCUGAGCAGACCUCCCUGAAUGCCCACCAGCUGCUUCAAAAUGGAGGGGCCAACCGGGGGCACCCUCACUCCACCUCAGACAACUCCCUCAACCUGGAGAGCCAGGGGUGGAGGCCGAGAAAAGGCACAGGGGAGAAGAGGGGAGCAAACCUCUCCUAUUCAGCUUCCGAGGGGGCUUUUCCCGCCUGGCACCGACGUUACCCACCCCGGGGGUGGGAUUUCAGCUCCUCCGACUCCUCUGACUCCUCCUCGGAGGAGGAAGGCUACUUCCUGGGGGAGCCUAUACCCCUCCCUCCCCACCUACGAGGGGGUGCUAGCCCCACAGAGACCACACCGUCCGUUGACUCUACACGUAAACAGCAGCGCCGAAGACUGCGGGUGGUCCGGGACAAGAAUUGUGUGGUGGCAUAGACCUGACCUUCGCCUUCAUGGACUUUGGCCGUCACGAUUCAGCUGUGAAGUCGGGAUCCCCCUUGGCUUGUCGAAACCGUUCAGUGUUGACCGUUUUGUGUGUGGGCCUCUGAAAAUUGGCCCAGAACCAUUGACCGUUGCUUCUUCCACUAUGACCUCUUUGGCUCACGACCCUUUGCCGGGGAUCCUCCUCAGAAAGUGACCUCUCCAUCACGACUGUUGAAAUCUUCUAACCCUUUCCCUCAGGGACGACUUGAGCACUGGCUUCUCCGUGGUGACUUUCAACCUUUAGAUGUGGCCCCUUCUGUGAAGAAUCUUGAACUCCUGUCUGUGGUGGUCUUUGAACUUUGGUUGUGUUUAUUUUCCAUUGUGGCCUUUUGACCUCUCAACUGUGACCUUCCGAACACUGAUCAGCCCUUUCGUCUUGAACCCUCAGAGUGAUGGUCUUCUUAAACCUCUGCACUGUGUGCCCUAUGAGCUUCAAACUGCAUUUUCUUACCUGGAACCCCUUGAACUUUGGCUUUGACCUUUCCACUGUGACCUCUGAACUUGUCACCUCUCCUGGGUGACCCUUUUGACCCUUCAAGUUGCCAUUAUUAAUGUAAGCCUGUAACAAGGUUACACGGUUUCAAGCUUUGGGGUGCUUCUUCUCUAUAAGCAAGGUGUUUGGUUAUGUGUGUGUGUUUUUGUGGGGUGGAACUCUGUUCCCCAGCUGGGAUAUGGAAUAUGGGCACAAGGUGUCCUUUAGGGGGCAGAGCCCACAACACGUCCCUCAUCUCCAACUAGAACUACCAUUCUCUUUCCCUGUCCAGUCCCCCCACAUUGUACGCAUCUCUCAAGAUUGCAAUUUUUAAAUUUUUGUUUUUUUCUAAUUAAGGAUUUUAAUUUAAAUGAAAUUUAAAUAAAAAUUUAUGAAAACA